GUCAGUCGUUUCGCGUCUCGCGGCGCGGCACGGCUCGGUGCGGCCUAUAGAGCAGCGUCGAAGCCUACUGCAGGGAGAAGAUGGCGGUCGCAGUGAGAACUUUGCAGGAACAGCUAGAAAAGGCCAAAGAGAGCCUAAAGAAUGUGGAUGAGAAUAUUCGCAAGCUCACCGGGAGAGAUCCGAAUGACGUGAGGCCCAUCCAAGCCAGAUUGCUGGCCCUUUCUGGUCCUGGUGGAGGUAGAGGACGUGGUAGUUUAUUGCUGAGGCGUGGAUUCUCAGAUAGUGGAGGAGGACCCCCAGCCAAACAGAGAGACCUUGAAGGGGCAGUCAGUAGGCUGGGCGGGGAGCGACGGACAAGAAGAGAAUCACGCCAAGAAAGUGACCCAGAGGAUGAUGAUGUUAAAAAGCCAGCGCUGCAGUCUUCAGUUGUAGCUACCUCCAAAGAACGCACACGUCGAGACCUUAUCCAGGAUCAAAAUAUGGAUGAAAAGGGAAAGCAAAGGAACCGACGAAUAUUUGGCUUGUUGAUGGGCACCCUUCAGAAAUUUAAACAAGAGUCUACUGUUGCUACUGAAAGGCAAAAGAGACGCCAGGAAAUUGAACAAAAACUUGAAGUUCAGGCAGAAGAAGAGAGAAAGCAAGUUGAAAACGAGAGGAGAGAACUAUUUGAAGAGAGACGUGCUAAACAGACAGAAUUGCGGCUUUUGGAACAGAAGGUUGAGCUUGCGCAGCUGCAAGAAGAGUGGAAUGAACAUAAUGCCAAGAUAAUUAAAUACAUAAGAACUAAGACAAAGCCCCAUUUAUUCUAUAUUCCUGGAAGAAUGUGUCCAGCUACCCAAAAACUAAUAGAAGAAUCACAGAGAAAAAUGAAUGCUUUAUUUGAAGGUAGACGCAUCGAAUUUGCAGAACAAAUAAAUAAAAUGGAGGCUAGGCCUAGAAGACAAUCAAUGAAGGAAAAAGAGCAUCAGGUGGUGCGUAAUGAAGAACAGAAGGCGGAACAAGAAGAGGGUAAGGUGGCUCAGCGAGAGGAAGAGUUGGAGGAGACAGGUAAUCAGCACAAUGAUGUAGAAAUAGAGGAAGCAGGAGAGGAAGAGGAAAAGGAAGUAGGUAUAGUUCAUAGCGAUGCAGAAAAAGAACAGGAGGAAGAGGAACAAAAACAGGAAAUGGAGGUUAAGAUGGAGGAGGAAACUGAGGUAAGGGAAAGUGAGAAGCAGCAAGAUAGUCAGCCUGAAGAAGUUAUGGAUGUGCUAGAGAUGGUUGAAAAUGUCAAAAAUGUAAUUGCUGAGCAGGAAGUAAUGGAAACUAAUCAAGUUGAAAGUAUAGAGCCUUCAGAAAAUGAAACUAGCAAAGAAUUGGAGCCAGAGAUGGAAUUUGACGUUGAGCCAGAUAAAGAAUGUAAAUCUCUCUCUCCUGGAAAAGAGAAUGUUAGUGCUCUAGAAAUGGAAAAGGAAUCUGAGGAAAAAGAAGAAAAAGAUUCUGAGCCCCAGUCUGAGCCUAUGGCUCAACUUCAAACCCAGCCCCAACCCCAAUCCCAACCUCAAUCCCAACCCCAGCCCCAGCCCCCACCCCCACCCCCACCCCAACCUCAGUCCCAGCCAGUACUUCAACCCCAGCCUCUCUCUCAGCCUGAGACUUUGCCAUUAGCUGUUUUACAGCCACCACCUCAGGUUAUUCAGGAGCAAGGGAAUUUACUACCUGAGCGGAAGGAGUUUCCUUUAGAGACUGUCAAACUUCCUGAGGUGCCAGUAGAGCCAAUCUUGACAGCACAUUCAGAAAGCAAAACCAAAACCAAAACUAGAAGCAGAAGUAGAGGUCGAGCUAGAAAUAAAACAAGCAAGAGCAGAAGUCGAAGCAGCAGCAGUAGUAGUACUAGUAGCAGUUCAACCAGUAGCAGCAGUGGAAGCAGUUCCAGCAGUGGCAGUAGUAGUAGUCGAAGCAGUUCCAGUAGUAGCUCCAGUACAAGUGGUAGCAGCAGCAGAGAUAGUAGCAGCAGCACUACUAGUAGUAGUGAGAGUAGAAGUCGGAGUAGGGGCCGAGGGCAUAAUAGAGAUAGAAAGCACAGAAGGAGCGUGGAUCGGAAGCGAAGGGAUACUUCAGGGCUAGAGAGAAGUCACAAAUCUUCAAAAGGUGGUAGUAGUAGAGAUACAAAAGGAUCAAAGGAUAAGAAUUCCCGGUCCGACAGAAAGAGGUCUAUAUCAGAGAGUAGUCGAUCAGGCAAAAGAUCUUCAAGAAGUGAAAGAGACCGAAAAUCAGACAGGAAAGACAAAAGGCGUUAAUGGAAGAAGCCAGGCUUUCUUAGCCUAUUCUUUGCAGCAGAAGAUUUCUUGAUGAGUAAAAGGAUUACCUUUCCUUGUAAGGAGGAUGCUGCCUUAAACAUUGCAUGUUGUAAAAAAUCUUUUUGGAAAAUACAGACUGUUUGUUUACCAGACAUUCUUGUACUUUUUGCAUAAUUUUGUAAGAGUUAUUUAUCAAAAUUAUGUGAGGUUCCAAAAUAUGUAAAAUAAUAAUAAUAAAAAAAGAUUAACAUCCCUUGUCAUCUUUUUUAAAUAUCCUAUACUCUUCAGUAAGAAUCUGUAUAUUUUAAUAGGUAAAUCUUUAAGUCUGUUCCCUUCUAAUUCUGUAUCAUACAUUGCUUUUGUAGAAAUAAAUGUGCAUUUCUUUCAUUAUUUUUGGGAUGUUCUUGUUGACACUUGUAUAAUAAAUAUCCUCUUGGUGUCAUUUUCAGCUUUUAUAACUAGAUAUUGAACAUAAUUAGAAUGUUUUUGAAGGUUUCAUCACUUUUAUUUACCUUAGACAAUUGUUUUGAGUUCUCAGAGUCAGAUCUUUGCAACUUUGAGGGGGAAUAGUUUUCUCUAAAAUCAUUUACUGUUUUCUAAUCUCCCUUGUUUUAAUCUAAGCAUUGUCCUGUUUCUCAUUUUUAAACCAUAUAGUUGGUAGAUAACUUAAAAACAGUAUGAUUUGGUUGUCAUUUUCCUGAUUAUGGGAGCAUCAUUCUUUUGUCUUCAUGGUUACUUGUGUGAUAACAACAUAUACAAUCUGUUAAAAAUAAUGACUUCUUUCUAGGGGAGGGAGGUAGAAGUAUCUUCUAAACUUGGAUUUUGAGUUUGUGGUCUUGUCUUAACUUUUGUGUUGGCGCUAACUGAAACAUGCCGAUAUGUGUUUUCAAGAAUUUUUGUGUAAGGGUGUUAUAUGAAAGUUUACAAAAUGAAGGAAGUUCAUCUAGAGUUGAAUAUGUAAGCAAGUUAGCACACAAGUGUACCGAGUGAUUAUUAACUUUGUUGUUUUAUAAAUUUGUAUGAACUUGAGUAUCUGUUGCCCAUUACUAUACAUGUGCAAAUAAAUGUGGCUUAGACUUGUGUGACUGCUUAA